AACAUGAAGUGGCUUGGGAUCCUCGGACUGGUGGCCUUUUCAGAGUGCCUAGUCAUAAUCCCUCUCACAAAGAUCAAGACCAUGAGAGAAACACUCAGGGAGAAAAAUCUUCUGACAAUGUUCCUGGAGGAGAAAACUGAUGACAGUUCCCAGAAUGCCAAUGAUGACACAAGAAUUUCUCUUCAACCCCUGAGGAACUACGAGAAUACACACUACGUUGGCAAAAUCACCAUUGGAACACCCCCUCAGGAGUUCAGGAUCAUCUUUGACACAAGCUCAUCUGUCUUGUGUGUGCCCUCUAUCAAGUGCUCCAGUCCCUUCUGCCGUACACACAAGUUGUUCAACCCUCACCUGUCCACCACCUAUCGGUCCUCGAACCAGAAGUUUGAAUUCACCUACCAGUAUGGGAAGAUGAUUGGAAUUAUUGCCCAUGACACUGUUCGGAUCGGGAACCUUGUCAUCCUGAACCAGGCACUUGAUCUGAGCGAGACAUACAUUGGGUCACAACCUGACAACUAUGAUGGCAUCCUGGGCCUUGGCUACCCCAGACUCGCCCCCAACAGGACCACCCCCAUCUUUGACAAAAUGAACAUACAAGGCAUCAUUUCUCAGCCUGUCUUUGCCUUCUACUUGACCAAUGGGAAAAAGAAUGGCAGUGUGGUGAUGUUUGGCGGGGUGGACCACAGCUACCACAAAGGAAAGCUCAAGUGGAUACCAGUGUCCCGAACCCUCUUCUGGCAGAUAACCAUGAACAGCAUCACCAUGUUGGGGAAGGUUAUUGGUUGUUUCCAAGGCUGCCAAGCCAUUUUGGAUACCACAUCCUCAUAUCUGCUUGGCCCAGCUAGAGUGGUCACCACCAUCCACAAUCUCAUCGGUGCCAGCGCUUUUGAAACAAAGAACAUGGUUCCAUGUAACAGCAUUGGUCAGCUGCCUACAAUCAUCUUCACCAUCAAUGGCAAUGACUACCCAGUGCCCGCUCAAGCCUACAUCUCGAAGGAUCGUAAGGGCACCUGUUUCAGCAAGUUUCAUGGGGGCACAGAGGACUGGAAAAGGUCGGAGAUCUGGAUCCUGGGUGACACCUUCCUGAGGUUGUAUUUUUCUGUUUAUGAUCGAGAAUACAACAGGAUUGGCUUGGCCCCUGCAGUGUAA